AUGGAUUUGGAAAAGAUUUACCCAUUGCUUCUCGUUGGCCUAGUAGCUAUUUGUUACAGUAACUCCUUAGGCUGUGAUUUAGUAUUUGACGAUUUGGCAGCCAUCAGAGAUAAUAGAGAUAUUAGACCAAAUACGCCAAUUACAAAUAUUUUCCAAAAUGACUUCUGGGGAACACCCCUCCGAAAAGAGCAAAGUCACAAGUCAUACCGUCCACUGACAGUCUUGAGUUUUCGACUGAACUAUGCCGUCCACGGUCUCAACCCCUUUGGAUAUCACCUCGUCAAUGUUUUGCUGCAUGCUUUGGUCUGCAUCCUUUUUUAUAGAUUGUGCCUGCACUUCCUUUCUGGAGCUUCAAGCAUCGUGUCCAGUGCGCUGUUCGCUAUCCACCCCGUUCACACAGAGGCCGUGAGUGGUGUAGUGGGUCGUGCUGAGCUCCUGUCAGCUGCUGCCUUUCUUGGUGCCUUAAUUUAUUACAUUCAGCAAAGAUAUCAGCACAAAGCAAAUGCUUGGCAAGAUUGUGGAAUUACUUCUGUGUUGGCAGUUCUUGGAUUACUGUGUAAAGAGCAAGCGCUUACCGUAUUAGCUGUUUGUUGCAUCUACGAACUAGCUACACCAAAGAAUUUGAGCAGAGUACAGAGUAUCCGGCAUUUGAUGCUUGGUCGAGGCAUUGUCUCUCCAUGGUGGCGAGAUAAAAUACUUCGCUUAUCCAUCCUCAUUGUUAUUGCCUCUAUUCUACUGUAUGCAAGAUGGAAAAUUAUGGGACCGCAUAUGCCUGUCUUUAGCAGAUUCGACAAUCCAGCUGCUGUCUCUUCUUCUCCAACUCGGCAACUUACCUACAAUUAUCUCAUAGCAGUAAACGCGUGGUUAUUGCUCUUCCCUUGCCACCUUUGCUGUGAUUGGACGAUGUCUACAAUACCUUUGAUCUCUUCCAUAUGGGACACAAGAAAUUUGUGUACCCUUCUCCUUUACGGAAUUCUAUUUUAUUCUAUUAAACACAUUGCAAAACUAGAUGAGGAAUCAAAAUUAUCCGUCGUUAUGAGUUUAUCGUUGCUGAUAGUACCCUUCAUCCCAGCAAGCAAUCUGUUAUUUCCUGUUGGCUUUGUGAUAGCAGAGAGGGUGCUUUAUAUUCCUAGUAUGGGAUUUUGCAUGUUAGUAGCACAUGGUUGGAGCGUUAUUUUUGACAGAAGAUCUGGAAAACAACUUGCUGUCUUUGGAAUUAUUUUGCUUCUCACUGUAGACAUUUUAAAAACAAUAUCUCGUAAUAAUGACUGGAAAACAGAAUACAGUCUGUACAGUUCAGCCUUGUCGGUAAACCAACAAAACGGUAAACUGCAAAACAACAUGGGACAAGUACUAGAAAGUUUAAAUCGGCACGAAGAAGCCCUACAACAUUACGAAAAAGCGAUAGCGAUAGAACCAGACGACGUCCGGAGCUACUUAAAUGUCGGCCGUGUUUUAACUAACCUACGUCGAUACAACGAAGCUGAAAAGAUCUAUAGAACGGCGAAGUCACUCUUCCCCGGUUCCGAAAGAAGCUACGAAGAAAAAACCCAUGUAACUCCAAGCCAUCUGCAGCUAUUCCUGAACUUGGCUUUCCUUAUCUCGCAGAAUGACAGUCGCCUGGAGGAAGCCGACGCGCUGUACCUAGAAGCACUAAAGCUGAGAUCAGAUUUCACAAAUGCGUACUUAAAUAGAGGAGACGUACUUUUAAAAAUGAAUAGGACGAAAGAAGCUGAAGCUAUGUAUCAUCGAGCUCUCCAGCAUGAUGAAAGUAAUCCAGAUCUGUAUUUCAAUCUGGGCGUCGUUCUGAUGGAUCAAGGUCGCAACGAGGAAGCCCUGAAUCAGUUCAAUAAAGCUCUUGAUAUAGAACCAGAUCAUGAGAAAUCAUUGGAGUUUUCUGCUGUCCUUAUGCAUGAAUCUGGGAUUCCUGAUCAUAGGCAAUUAGCUGAAUUCCGACUGGGAAAAAUAGUUGAUAGAGGAAAAGAAACAGAAAGAAUUUACAUAAAUUUAGGUCUAGUAGCAGUAGAGAACAAAAAUUUUCAAAGUGCUGAAAAAUGGUUUCGUAAAGCUCUUAUGAAAGAUCCAAUGUCCCGGGAAGCCCUCUUCAACCUCGCACUCCUCUUAUCAGAACAAUUCCGAGAAGCGGAAGCUGUUUUUUUCCUGGAUCAACUGUUGCAGCAUUAUCCUGGUCACAUCAAUGGACUUUUGCUGUUAGCGGAUAUUAAUGUGAAUUUUGUCCAAAAUUUAGAUGCCGCUGAAGAGUGCUACAGAAAGGCUCUAAAGAUAGAUCCAAGUAACCAGAAAGCCCUGCACAACCUCUGUGUGGUUCAUUUCGAGCGUCAAGAUUAUGAGACAGCCGAGAGGUGUUUCGUCCACACCCUAACUGUGCAUCCGGAUGUGUCCUACAUUCGCCAUCAUUUAGAGGUGGUGAGAACCAUCCUGAAACAAGGACAUAGCACAGUUUUUGGCCACCUGGCAGCUCCGCAUUCAUUCAGCUGACCACCGUGAUGGCGAGGAGUUUUGAAAGAGCUUGAGAAUCUUCUCAGACUUCCUAGAAAAGCAUCCGUUUUCAGUGAAUUCGGAUUGACUUGAUGAACAAUUGGGAACAUAAACUUGGAGCUGUAAUUACAGCUAAACUUGCUAUCUACGAUAGUAUGCAUACCUUUUUCAGACAAAACAGUUUUUUCAUGACUCAUCUUUUACUGCCGAAACUUGUGCAGUGGACUUGUCUUUUUCUGAAUUAU